UUUUACACAACUACAAAUAGGCUUCAAACUCAUAUGAAAUAACUCACUUCACCUUUGCAACAACAACAUCAUAAUAUACAUAUAUACAUUACCAAAUGGCUGCCUCUGUUCUAUAUUUCCCCUUGUACCCACCACCCUCCGAUCAACAUCCCCACCCUUCUCCCUUCCCGGCUCCACCGCAUCAGCCGUUUCAACCACCGCCUCCUUCUUCCUACAUUUCGCCACCUCCUCCCCAUCACCCACUUCAACCCCCGCCUCCUUCCCACUUUGUUCCUCCACCACCACCUACUCCUCAUUUCCCACCGCCACCUUAUCCUCGUCCCCAUCAUCCACCCCCUCCACCUCACGUUCUUCCACCACCACCGGGGCACCAUUCAACUGUUAUAGUCGUGGUUGUUGUCUCUCUUGGCGGUUUGUUUUUUCUUGCGUUCCUCGCUGCUGCUCUGUUCUGCUGUGUCAAGAAAAGAAGAAGGACUUCUCAGAAGACUGAAAUCACCAAGUUUGAUGAACACCUCAAAGUGGAAGAAGUCAUAGUGCCAGGACCCCAUGGCGAACCAACCAGAGUGGUCAUGAUUGAGGAAGACAUUCAUUUGGAAGAGGAUAUUCACAAGACUGAAAAGUUCAGCAGAGCUCCUCACCUUCAUUCAACCGGAGGACAUGCAAUUGAUAUAUCAGAGCCAAAUCAUCACCUUACUGAGCACAAGUCCUAACUCAGGCGACCCGAAACAAAGAAAGAUAUAUAUCAUCAGGCCUAAAUGUAAUCAAUCAUCCAUUUCCACAAUUUAAUGAAUAAUGACAAUUUAUGUUAAUCAAAUCUUCAUAUCCAAAAGUUGAUAGCACUCUGUUUUUGUGGCCUGUCAAUUAAACAAACUCCAUGCCACUCACACAAAUAAAAAAAUAUUCACUGUUGUCAUAUGUAUGAACGUGCAUUACGUUAUGGCUACAUGGAACCACUUUACCUUCUCCGAAAUGUUUACAAGAACCAGGUCAACUGUGACGGGGUACUAUAUAACAUAGAGUAUAAGAAACCUAAUACAGAAAGUAACAAGAGAGGGGAUGAAGCAUUGACAUAACCAAACUGUUAAGGCAUGUCUGAUAGGACAACACUUAUCAUCAUCAGUAUAAACAUAAAAGAAAAAGUUCCUACAUGACCGAUCCAAAUGUUACAGAACCACCACAAGUACCAACUUAUGUGUGACAUAACUUUUAUUGUACCCUCUAAAAUACAGGAUAACGAAUCAUCUGCGACAUUAAGCAAACAAAAAAAAGCCCCACUUUAAGUGGGGGGGGGGGAAGGAGGA